GCGCCCCAGCCUUAAUGAGUUUUUGUCGCCACAAGCAAAACUAGGAGGCGCUGGCGGCCAGGGAUGCCGUUGAAAAAAAAAAUCGGCGGCCUCCUCAGUGGUGCAGGUUUCAUGCUAACACCCGCGGUCCGAUUGUGGUGUACUGGUGCUUCAAACCGCCAUUACCUUCGGGCCGCUUUCUGCCGAGGCGAAGGCCGGCGAAUUGGGGACUACCCGGAAGUGCCCGCGGCUUUCUUCGAGCUGGCUCAUCAGUACCUCAUCUGGGCUCCUGAGAUCAUUUUGACUGUUCCGGUUCUCUCGGAUAUAUUCCGCGCUGCAGCAGUCGUUAUUCUUCAUCAAGAGGGGCAGUCCACCCGGUGCGCGCUUGAAUUUGUAACGAACUUUAUUGUCCCCGAUGAGGCACUCGUGAAGUCGUCGCACAGCGCCUGGAAGAGGAAUUGGUCCCUAAUUGAACAAUGUGUUUACGAGAAUGGGCAGACGAUCGUGUCCGCCCUACUCAUAGCUGCAUGUGAUAUCCUUCCCCCACAGUUGCAUCGAGCGGUGGCGAAGGCGAUGUCUGUUUUGUGCAGCAGUUUCCCUUCCCAUGCCGGCCAGUGGGUGGCGUCUAUAUUCCGGCAUCCGGAGUUCCCGGCGAUUCAAAGUGGCGCCCUCAGACCGAUCGACCAAGGACGGUUCCUAGAGUUGGUCACUCGACAGCCGGCCCUUCCCAUCGCGCGGUUUCAAGACAUGAUGGUGGAGUUCAUCAGUGUGAUGAGAAAGAGAUCGAACGGGGACGUGCUCCUAGCGUACAGGUAAGACAGGCAGCUUCACCCACUCCUGGCAGUUAUGUAGCGUUCAUCUGGCGGGCAGAGGCUACUCUGCAUUGUACAGUGCAGCAGUAAAAGCACGGCCAUCCC